CAAGAAGUUGGUCCUAGGGUGGUUGGCCUUCUGAUAGUGGCACUCAGCGUCUUCCCCCCUCCCACCCUUCUGUUCUCAUCAGCUGGGAGAUUCACUGCUGUGUGUUGGGGUGAGGCUGCCAUCACAGAUAGGGCCAUGGUUAGCACCCAGUGCCCGAGGUGCCCCAGCCGGUUCUACAGCCACUUAAUGAAACAUGUGGGUAAUCCCCGGGUACUCCUCCCCGGGCAGUGCACUGCCCUAUGCGCAGAAUUCUUUCUGCAAAACCGCAGAAUCUACAAAACCAACAUUUGUACCACAGUAACCCUAAGAGAAAGACGUGUCCUCCAUUUCCAAGGUGCCGCGUAGGUAAGUAAUCAGCAGCUCCUCGAUAUUUGUGGGUCUGACUUGGCAGCCUCACUGGUGAGCGAACAAAAAUCGUGCCAACGGAGCAACGCUUGGGAAUGGAAUCCCAGUGAGGAGCGCACGCCUGGUGGUGCUGGAAACACAGAGGACAGAAAUACCCUUGGCCUUGUCCGUGGGCUGCUCGGGAGCGUGCGCUCUGCAGGUUGCGUUCCCAUGACACGCAGGGAGGAAGAGGGAGCAGGAAAUACCGGUGUGUGCAGGGCUGGGGACGGGGACGGGCUGCGCUGCUCCUCCGUGCCUGACUUAGUGCCGGUGCUUCGGGGGGAAGAGUCUGCUCGUCUGUUUUGAAUGCUUUCUGCAUGACUAAUUAAUGUACCGAAAUAAAUUGUGUUGUUAAACUCCGCGCUGGUACAGGAAGCCGGCAGUCGUGGCUCCUGUCCAAUACUUUAUCUAAUCUUUGCUUUGUCAAGGACGGGGCACUGCUUGUCAUCUAAAAGCCACUUAGCUGCACUACGACGUGAUGUCAUGCUCCUCUACAUGCGUGUCGAUAUUUAUGCUCACCCUGUUGGGAAACAGCCCUGAAUACAGCGAGCCGUACGUAAUUACAUUCUUUGCAUGAUAACAAAACCCACUUGAAACUGGCAAGAGAUGAAACCCCGCAGCCUGGCGUUCGGAAUUUUGCAGGAGCGGAGCGUUCUGUAACAUUAUGCCGGGAUAAGGCAGCCUGAUUCACCGCGGGGAGGACACUCCCUCCGGAGCAAAGCAUUUGCUGUCGUCCCUCUGGAGCGGCUGCACCAGCGCUGGAGCUGCUGGGUCAGGGUAGAGCCGGCAGCGGCGCGGGACGGAGCGGGGCUGAGCUCCCAACCCAGGGCUGGCAGCGGUGCAAGCAGCAGGAGGAUGAGGAUGCUGACGGGUCCCCACGGCGUUGAGAGCACAACGGGAGCCCCCUGAGCCACGGGACAUGGCACAGAGGUGAGCUUUCCAUCUGCUGCUGCGCUCCCAGGGCCACCGCAUGAGCACGGCCGCGGCGGGUGAUGGCCUCGCAGCCCAGGCUGGCCCACGUCCUGCUGCUGGGCCUCGUGGCCGGAUGGCUGAGGGCCGCGCAGCCCCGCGACUUCACGGUGAAGGACAUCGUCUACCUCCACCCUUCCACCACGCCAUUUCCUCAUGGAUUUAAAUGUUUCACCUGCGAAAGGGCAGCGGAUAAUUACGAAUGCAACCGCUGGGCUCCGGAUGUCUAUUGUCCGAGAGGCACGAGGUACUGCUUCAGCCAGCACAUGAUGAGAGUCACCGGAGAGAGCGUGUCCGUCACCAAGCGCUGCGUGCCGCUGGAGGACUGCCUGUCUACUGGAUGCACAUACGUAAAGCACGAGGGGUACAAGAUCUGCACGUCCUGCUGCGAAGGCACCAUCUGCAACCUGCCGCUGCCCAGGAAUGCGAGCGACGCCGUGUUCACCACCCUGUCCCCGCUCAGCAGCACCCCGGGGCUGUCGGGUCGGGCCGUGCUGACGGCAGUGUGCCUCGUGCUGGGGCUUGUGGCGUAGACCAGGAGCCGGCCCCACACGUGUGCUCAGGACCCACGUUUCAGAACUGUGUCUGAAAACUGACUCUUGUUAACAGGCGAUACUGGUAUGGAGAUGGUUUCAAAGGGGACUUAAACCUACGUUUCUUUGCUGGUUUUGGAAGAAACUCCUGCACGAUGUGCCCAGAUUUCGGGCUUAGACUUUCCUUAAUGUCCGUCUAGUCUCCACGAUUCUUUUUAUUUAGGAGUACCACCUCGCUGCCACCUCCUUUUACCAUCCCUCACUCAUUCACAGUGUUCUUGCUGGCAUCAUUCACUAUUAACAUCAUUUGUCACAGCCCAGGCUGAAUAACACACAGGAUAAGCAACAACGAUAAGUCAGGUAUUAGGAAGCACUUCUUCUCCAAAGAGCAGUCAGGCAGUGGCAUUGCCCAGAGAGUUAGGGGGAGGGGGGGUCACCAUCCCCAGGGGUGUCCUAGAGCUGUGGGGAUGCGGCAGUGAGGGACAGGGGCAGUGGGCAUGGUGGGGUGGGGGUCUCCUCGAGGGCUUCCUGUGGUUCUUGGUUUGGUGGGGCAGCGUGUAUGCAAUAUUUAUUUUUGUAUAUUGAGUUGGCUCUAAAGCAUUUAAAAGAUUCUUAAUGCUGAUAUCGCGGGGGGGGGGGGGGGGGAUAAGUGGUUUGGCAAGUGGGUAAACCUGUAGUAUAUAAAUUAUCAUAAGAGUAUUAUAUAUAAAAUAUAACAUUUUGUGUCACUGUUGAAAACAAAUCAACUUUUUUUUUUUUUUUUUUUUUUUUAAAGCCAGCUAUAUCAACAGGGUGGCCAUGGACUUGUUUUAAAGAAGUUUAACAGAACUUUUUCUAUUUCUUUUUUUUUUUUAAAUCAUUUUGAAAAGUUUUUAAAAGCAUCCUAAAUUGUUCUUUUCUGAACUAAUGUUGGCCAGUCAUGCUCCAAGGUGCUUUACCAAGUUAUGGCUUAUAUUCCACCAUGCUUUCUUUUUUUUUUUUGGGUGAGCUACAGCAUGAAGCAAGGAUAAAGGGAGGAAAUGCUGCACUCCCAGUGCUGUGUGCAUCCCUUUGGGGUCAGUGCUGUGACAGCUGCCCCAGUGCUGUUACUGGAAAACAGAGAGCAGCACUCACACUUUGGGUCUGGGGUAGGAAAGCACACUGGAUGCCCUGGUACCUUUUGAUGUAAGGGCUUUUGUUUUUCAUUAAUUAAUUUACUUACCUACCUACUUCAUGGACAAAACUGAACAUUGAGCACCGUAUCUUUCCCUUUUUACCUUUUCAUAUAGAAGAAAUUGUUGAGGGCAGGUCAGCUGCUGGGUCCCAAAGACAAAGCCUCACACUUGGAGGUCCUUUUGCUUCUCCUGUGACUUGCUCACAGAUCUUUCUUUAGUACUAAGGGGUAGUUGCAAUCUGCUGCUUUAUGCAAGCUCACCCCCUCCCCAGCCCCCCCAGGACCCAACCAGCUGUGCCCUCAGUGCCAUUCCUCCCCCAGAGCUAGCAGUGAGGAGGAAAGAGGAGGGGAGGGGGAUGUCCCCAUCCCUGAGGCUAUUCCAGAACCCUUGAGAUGUGGCACUGAGGGACAUGGUCAGUGGGCAUGGUGGGAGGGGUUGGGCUUGGUGACCUUAGAGGUCUUUUCCAGCCUUAAUGAGUCAUUGAUUCUAUCAUUCUAUGCAGCGUGCUGUUGUUUAACAGAAGGACACUUUAACCCAACUCACUCACCUAACCCUGUGUGCUACACUAACUCCUUCUGCAGUCAGAGGAGGAAAAAGUGGCCUUGCUUCUAUGCAGAGGCGGGGGGUGAACUGCAUCAGCUCAGACCCACGACGGAGAGGGGACAGACCACAGGCGACGGAGAAGAAGCUGAGACCCCGCACAUGACUCUCCCUCUGCUCUCUCCUCCUGGGCCUCUUCGGGCAUAUAAUGCUGAGCUGCACCAUAUUUAUUUUUAGGCUGGGAGAUGCCUUUUAAAUGCCUAAUUUUUUAACUACUGUAAAUAAUGUACAGCUAUACAAAUAAAUGUUUUAAACAUACAGGUGACGUGUCACAUAAAUGUACCAUUGGAAAACCGCUGCCUGCUGCCCUUGUGCCCCUGCUUCCUUCCUGAGAUGGGUUUGGAGCAGCUUCCCUGCCCCUGCUGGGCCUCCUGCUGCAGCCCCUGGCUCCUUCCUGUGCUUUCCUCCUCCUCAGCUCCUAUGGCCUUGUCAUGAAUUUAUUUUCUAAUGAGCAUUUAAUAAAAUAAGUAAGUGCCAGGAGGUUACUGUUCCCAUUGUGACCCCGGACCCUCUUUUCCUUCAGCUGCUAAAAGCUGUGAGUUUUCCAUGACUCUGCUCUCAGCUCCUGUAGCCCCAGUGCCUUCUGCUGGUUCUCCUGCAGUUAUUUCUCAUUUGCACUCCUGCAUCUAACGCUUAGCAGGAUGCAAACAAACAACUUCAUGCAAAAGUACUGACAAAAGUCCCGUGGAGCAAAGAGCUCUACGCUUAAAAGAAAAAAAACUUUGAAAAAGAUACCCCAGCAGUUCUUGAAUAAAUGCAGUUUACAGUAGUGCUUUGAACAGGAGCACAUGAGCUCACCCUUCUUGUCCCACCUCCUCCUAGGAUGCCUUUCUCUGCAGGAUCAGACCCACAUGCCCUGACCCCUCCCCACUCCACAUUUCAUUGACCACCAAUGCUUUGUUACAGAGCAGAGGGAGGUGGAAGCAGAUGUUGGGGUCACACACACUUUGCUCUCAUCACUGCAGCACAGUUGGGCUCAGUGCUAGCAAAGAGCUCACUUGGAUUGUGGAGCUCUUUCCUUCCCCUGAGAAGUGGGCAAAGCCUUUGUGUGCUUUCUUGGGCAAAGCAGCGAGCUGCCAGCACAGCAGCCAGCAUCUCAGCUGAUGGAAAGCAGCAGCACCGAGAGGGCCACAGCCACACAGGCCCAUGCAGGGGCUGCACUCCCCAGCCCUGCUGAACGUGCUCCUUACAGUUUUGUUUUUGACAGCCCUGGUGUUUAGCCAACCCCCAACGACAGCGAACACUACUUGUUAUUCUCGCCUACGAACAAAAACAUGUUUUUCCUCACCCUGUGUUCAGUUUGACAAGUGAAACAGCAGCUCUCUGGCCCACGCUGGGAUGCAGCCUGGAACCCAUACAGGCAGGAUGUGCUUGUCCAUACAAGCAUCCUGCUGGCACAGGCUACAGGCCUGCGCUUCCUUGCCCCAGUACAGCCCCUGUGGGCUACAACAUGCCCAGCACCACUGAGGACAGCCCCGUGCUGCCAACACACGUCCCUGCUGCCUUUCCCAUCCCAGACCCCUUCUCCACAUCCACUGACAUCCAGCAUGGGCACACACAAACCAGUCUGAACUAUUAGCAGUAGCAAUCAUAAGAGUCGCUAACUCAUAUGACCUGAAAGGGAGGACCAUGGGAAUGGCAAUGCUGAAAGCAACAUUGGAUCAGGAUCAGCUCUUUUUUUUUUUUUCCUUCCCCUUUUUAUAUAUCUAAGAACCAACUCUCUCCAUCAACUCCAUGUACACCUCACAGUGUUACACUUAUUUCCAGCUGCACAUCAAAACAGCUUUCCAGCCAACUGUUGUUUCUUCUUGCCAAUACACUUUACAACACCAACCUCACUAGCUCACUUGACUGGUUCUCAUACCACUUUUUGCUAUUUCAGGGUACAAUUCCCCUUGACAUUAAUUCCUAAGCAAGUCCACAUAACUCACUCUUAGUCAACUAUCAGCCACUGAUUUCCCAGACUGAUCCAAAAACAUUAUUCCUUUAGGCACUGACUUUUUAACAAAUUUGUUUCCAAACACUUUUUAACCAGCUUUCGCUUCACUCUGUGGGGUGCCUGCAUGUUGCUUUCAGACCUGAACCCAAGGUCUGACUGCACUCAGAAGGGUUUCCAUGGCUUUGAUGGGUCAUAAACCCUAAUUGCUGGAGGCCCUCCUUAACCACCUCCCUGCCUGACGAAGUAGUGGCACUGACAAGCUGAGUAUGAAGGCUGCCAUUCCUCCUUCAGAUGAACACUUUCCAGUAGCACUACAUUUUCCUGCUCUUCUAGAGGCUGAUCUCUAGGUCUCUGCCAAGAAGCCACAGAACCAUUAAGGUCGGAGAAGACCUUUAGGAUCCCCAAGUCCAACCCCAGCCCACCCCACCAUGCCCACGUCCCUCAGUGCCACAUCCCCAUAGCUCUGCGACACUUCCAGGGAUGGUAACCUGACCACUUCUCAGGCAGCCUGUGCACUAUUGCUGACACAAGCCAGGAUGCUGCUGGCUCAUGGUCAGCAUGGCUUUCCAGCCACUCUGACCCAACCACAGAACACCCUGAGUUUGAAGAGAUCCAUAAUGAUCACUGACUCUAACCUCUGGCUCCACCAUUUUGGUACAAUAGCUGAAUUUUAUCAAUAUCUGGGUCCCAGCACCGUGCUUGCAGCUGAGGACAUACACCUGAACCCUCUCCAUGCAGCAGGGGCCUGGGUGACCCCUGCAGCUCCUCCAGGCCAGGUCUGCUCUUUGAGUAGUCAUGUUGCACCUGACCUUAAAAUAAUAAAUCCUCCCCAUGCAGCUUAACAGAUAUCCUCAUUAUAGAGCAGUGUGGCACUGAUCACAGCCUGAAGAGCUUUACUGAAACAAUCUCGCAUUAAUCGGAAGGUAUAGCUCUCCAAAAGCUCCAGCCCCAGAAGACGUUUGUGUUUUCAAAAGCUGUCCCAGCCCGGCUGGCACGGCACUUCUCAUGGAGGCGAUUACUUUCCUGCUGAAGCAUAACACCCAGCUGCAUGAAAUUUCAGCCUCAUAAUCCUGUUAGCUCUCCCUCGCCCGAGCCUGCAAUGAUUAGAGCUUUGUGUUUGUGCAGCUCCUGAAAUAGCAGCCUGAGCCUUGCUGGAACACAGGGCAGAAUGGCAUUGCCAAGGGGAAACGCUGCUAUUUCAGAGGCCCCGCAGCAGCCCGGGCAGACAAAAGCAGUUUGCAACUUUUAAUUAUUGGGAGCUUUGUGUGGGUGGCAGGUGUGUGAGUGGGCAGGGGGCUCCCCAAAGGCCAACAGGCCCCGCUGUGGAUGGCUGAGCAAAGGCACAGGCGAGGGAGAAAAUACUGCCAAUGCAGCAUGCCAGCCGCCCUGCUCUAUCAGUUUCAUUGGGGAAACACUUGUGAAAAUCCUCCUUUCUCCACAGUUACUACAUGCAAGCACCGAUUUUCAGCUUCUGACUUUGUGCACGCAUAUGGAAUCUCAUGUUGUGCAAGGGUUGUGGCUUGCACGCUCCCACCUAUCCACCUGCAAAUGCUCUGCACAUUCACCUACAGCACCUGCCAUGCACCUAAACAGCUCUUCAAAGAGCAGAAUGAGUACAUGGGGAAGACUGAGCUGACCACAGGUAACUGCUAAAUAUGCACAGUCAGCAGUGAGAAGUUAUGGUUCCAACAGCCCUUAAAUGUGCAAGCAGAACAGCUAUCUACAUACAUAGGGAUUUUUUAAUAACUUUUUUUUUGUGUUAAGCAAUAGGCUGAACACACACAAAGAAUUUAAUGAGAUGAAUCAUCCAAAAAAUGCAUGAAAUCUCAUUAGGCCAUGAUCUGGGAAUGACGGUAUCUGCAGCACACACAGAACCACUGCUCCCUGCUGCUCCUGGCACACAGGCUGCACCAGCUGCCCACCCCAUCACCACCCUCUGCCCUCUCACACAGCACUGAGCUCCCUUCUCUUUUACUGAAACAUGAUGUACUUGAGGAUCUAAAAUACAUUUGUCAUCACAACACUCACAGGAUUUAAAAAAGCUAAGCAAAACAUACGUAACUCCUGCAGGUAUACACAGCAGCCCUGAAAAUAAAUUCAAGCUUAUCAACCCCACUCCAAUGUUUAAAUUCUAUUGAAAUUAGAAAAUAACUUGGUUCAAGACAGUUCAGCUUCAGGUCUCCCAAGCAGCCACCAUUCCACAGGUCCUGGGCUGCCCAUGGGCAAGCAGCAGCCCUGAAGUUCCUGCAGCAGAGCCAGCAACUGGGAAUCCCCAGCUGGUACAAACCACUUAGGUUCCACAUAAAGCUCUGCACUG